AUGGUGGCCCCACAGCACUGCAUGCAUCUUGCCUCUGACAGCCCUGCCUUCAUCUGCCAUGUUGGAGGGGGUGCCCCUAGGAUCUCUACUCAGACCCUACUCCUCCCAGUCCAGGCUCCCAGAACAGUUACCCAGGAGGUGCCAGACACACUUGCCCCACCUGGCUGCUCAAGUGGCAGCUGCUACCCACCCACUGGCAACCUGAUUGUUGGUCGUGGCCAGAGCCUUCGUGCCUCAUCCACCUGUGGACUCCAUGGCCCUGAGCCCUACUGCGUUGUCAGUCACCUACAGGUGGGGAGGAGGGUGAGGCCUCGACAUGGUAUCUCUGGGUUUUCCUGGGAGAUUUGGCCCUGUGGGAUUUCAGAUCAUUGCUGGGGGCUAGAAGGAAAGGCCUGUGCUGUGAAGUUUGGCCUAGUCCCAUCUCCUUGGACACUCCCCCAGGACUCUGAAAAUUGCUUCUUUUGUGACUCUCGGGAUCGGGGUGGCCAUGGCAUUGAAAAUGUGAUCUCCCAGAUCGGUCCUGGUGGCAACAAGACCUGGUGGCAAGCCGAGAGUGGUGUUGAGAACGUCACCAUCCAGCUAGACCUAGAGGGUGCAUUCUACUUUACCCACCUCAUCAUGACUUUCAAGACAUUUCGGCCAGCAGCUCUGGUCCUCGAGCGUUCCGUGGACCAUGGCCACUCCUGGCACGUGUGCCGAUACUUUGCCCACAACUGCUCAGGCCUCUUUCCUGGGAUCCCUCCUGCCCCUGGCCACAGUGUCAAUGACCUCGUCUGUGAUCAGCAUUACUCGGACAUUGAGCCUUUCACGGAGGGCAAGGUAAUUUUCAAAGUUCUGGACCCAGCCAUUCUGGUGGAGAACCCAAGCAACCCCCAGAUUCAGGAGCUCCUACAUGUGACUAAUCUUCGUUUGAACUUCUCCAAACUGCACACACUGGGUGACAGGCCCAAGGGGAGCCUCAAAGGACACCCCUUCUACUACUAUGCCCUCUAUGAGCUCGUGGUCAGAGGCAGCUGCCUGUGCCAUGGCCAUGCCUCUGAGUGCAGGCCUGCACCUGGGGCCCCAGCCAACGCGGAAGGCAUGGUGCAUGGCCUUUGUGUCUGCCGCCAUCAUACAGCUGGUACCCACUGUGAGCGCUGUCAGGACCUGUACCAGGACCACCCGUGGCACGCAGCAGAGCCUGGGCACCCCCAUGCCUGCCAGGAAUGUGAGUGUCAUGGGCAUGCCCGCAGCUGUCACUUUGACAUGGCCCUGUAUCUGGCAUCUGGCAAUGUGAGUGGAGGCGUGUGUGACGCAUGUCAACACAACACAGCUGGGCGCUACUGUGAGCUCUGCCAGCCCUUCUUCCAUCGAGACCCCCAGGAAGAUCCCCGUUCCCUUCAUUCCUGCAAACCCUGUGACUGUGACCCUGUGGGUGCCCUGGAAGGGGGCUUGUGUGAUGCUCACACAGAUGAGACCCGUGGCCUCCUCUCUGGGCAGUGUCGCUGCAAAGUAAACGUCUGGGGCCAGCGCUGUGACUCCUGCCGGCCCGGUCACUAUGGCCUGAACCUUACCCAGUCAGAAGGCUGCCAGCCCUGCAGGUGCGACCCCCGGGGCCGGGUUCCUGGCACUCAUACCUGUGAUCCCUCCAGUGGGGACUGUCACUGCAAACGCUUUGUCUCUGGACGGGACUGCAGCCGUUGUCUGCCCGAGUUCUGGGGUCUGAGCAGUGACUCUCUAGGCUGCCGGCCCUGUGACUGUGACUUUGGGGGUGCCUACAGCAACAGGUGUUCUGCAGCAGAGGGCCUCUGUCUGUGCCGCCCCCAUCUCCAUGGCCGCCGCUGCCAUGAACUGCAGUCUGGGUACUUCUGCGCUGCCCUUGACCAGGCCACUGCUGAAGCUGAGUUUGGCCAAAUCCUCCAGCCGGCUGACCCUCGGCUGCCUGCCCCAGAGGAGCCCGUGCCCCUGCAUUUGGGAGCUGGCUCCACACUGUGGACUGGCUUGGACUUUGCACGUGUGGUCGAUGGGGCUGGCCUCUCUCUGCUGGCUCCCACAGUGCCUCGUGCCCUGGAAUACGACAUUGUCCUGCGCUAUGAGACCCAGGUCAGUGGCAUGGAUGCCCAGCAGGCACCUGAAGACUGGCAAGCAUUAGUCAGUGUCCAUGCCCAGUCUCUGCCCAGCAGUACUCGCUGUGCCCACCCGCUGCAUUCAGAGCAGCUGUUCCAGGCCGCCUUGACCCAUGCACGCAGAGCUGUGGUUCUAUCCAGGCCUUUCUGCUUCGAACCAGGAACACGCUACUCCGUGACCCUGCGGCUGUGGCGGACCAAAGGGGUGCGGAGGCCUGAGGGAGGCAUCAUCUUUCUGGAUUCGAUUGUGCUCCUGCCGCGGGUGAAGGAGCUGCCUGGGCUGAGAUCUGUGGACCCUGGGGCCACAGGGCGCUUGCAGGAGCUCCACAAAGCAGGCUGCAUGGAGGCAGCGAGGACCGGCCUCUCUAGCGCCAUGCCUGAGUCCUGUGCCCGCCUCGUCUGCAGCAUCUCGGCCCUGCUCCACGGGGGUGGCCUCCCAUGUGAGUGCCACCCCCAGGGUUCACUCAGUACUGAGUGUGCCCUGCUGGGUGGGCAGUGCCCCUGCCGUCCUAACAUCAUUGGUCGUACCUGUGACCACUGUGUGCCUGGAACAUAUGGCUUCGGUCCCACCGGCUGCAGUGAGUGCCGCUGCCACUCUGAGGGCGCCACCAGUGCCAUCUGUAACCCUACGACCGGGCAGUGCACAUGCCGGGCAGGCCUUGCUGGUCGCCGCUGUGACUGCUGCCUCCCUGGCUGGUGGGGCUUCCCACACUGCCAGCCCUGUGCCUGCAAUGGGCAUGCUGAGUUGUGCCACCCACUUACAGGCAUCUGCCAGGCCUGCCACGGAGCCACGACAGGCCGGCACUGUGAGAAGUGCUUGGACGGCUACUAUGGAGACCCCACCCUGGGCUCAGGCCAGCAGUGCCGGCCCUGCCUCUGUCCUGGGCACCCUGCCUCUGGCUUCUAUCAUGGGACUUCCUGCCAUGUGGACAGUGCGAGUGGACGUGUUCUUUGCUUCUGUGCACCUGGCUAUGCAGGGCCCCGCUGUGACCGCUGUUCCUCUGGCUACUUUGGGAACCCUUGGCCAAGAGAAGACCCCAGAAGGAGUCCAUGCCGGCCUUGCCAAUGCAACAACAAUAUUGAUCCCCGUGAUCCUGCUGCUUGUGACCCCCACAGUGGGCACUGCCAGCGAUGUCUGCACCACAGCCAUGGCCCUGGCUGUGCCCAUUGCAGGCCUGGCUUUCACGGCAGUGCCCUGCGCCCAAGGGGCUGUCGGCGCUGCAGCUGUGACCCCCGGGGCACUGUUCCUGCAAGGUGUCCAUCUGGGGCUGAAGCCUGCUUCUGCAACCCGGUCAGCGGGCAGUGCCCCUGCCGCCCUCACACACGGGGGCGGGACUGUAGCCGCUGUGCCCCCCUCUUCUGGAACCUGGGGGGGGCCCGCGGCUGCGAGCCCUGCAGCUGCCAUGCCCAGCACGCUUUGCAGCCAGUGUGUCACCCAGUCACAGGUCAAUGCCCCUGCCGGGCAGGAUUUGGGGGCCGCACAUGCUCCCGGUGUCAGGAUGGGUACUGGGGUGACCCGGAGCAGGAAUGCAGAGCUUGUUUCUGCAACCCAGAGGGCUCCAUCUCGCCCAGCUGUGACCCAUACACAGGUGCCUGCCUCUGCAGAGAGGGCAUCUCAGGGCUGAGGUGCCAGGCAUGUGCCCGUGGCUCCAGAGGUGGCUUCCCACACUGCAUGUCCUGCCCUACCUGUUUCACCUCCUGGGACCAGCGCCUGACUCUGCUCCAGCUGCAGCUGGAGGCUGUGGCCCAGAAGGCGGCUGCCCUAUGCCAGGGGAUACCUGGCUGGGGUGCUAGGGGCCAGAAUGGACACCAGCAGGUCCUGGAAGAGGUACUCCAGCAGGCACAGACACUCCUGGAAUCUCCUUCACCCGCCGUGGGGACCCUGCAGCAACUUACAGAGUGGAUAGCUGGACUCAGGAAGAAAAUGACUGCACGGGCCCAGACACUGAGGGCCCUAGCGCAGGUUGUGGCAGAAAGUGAGCCAUGGGUUAGGAGGCAGUGUGAACGUUUGGAAGAAUUAUCCCGGGAGUUAGACUGUUUCAAGGGCUUGGCCUGGCCCAAGAGGGCCACAGGAGUCCAAGAUGCUGAGGCCCAGGCCUCCUCAGCUGCCUUGCUUUCCCAGGAGGCCAUGCUUGGGGUCCAGAUCGUAGCCACACUUGGAAGACCAGACAGCAUCCUGGGACAGGCCCGAGAGGCCCGGCAGUGGACAGAGCAGCUUUUAUGGGGAACAGGCCAGCCUACAGGGACAGCUGUGUGGAAGCUGAAAUUGAAGGGGCUGGCCAACAGGGUCCAGAUGCUGCAUCCACAGCUUCUGAGACUCCUAGUCAAAGCUGGAGUGGAAUGUAGGGGUCAGGGCCCUGGGCUGGCCUGUGUUCCUGUACCCUGUGAUGUUUCCCCUUGCCCCUGGACUCUGCCCACUGUCCGAUGGGCUCUGGUUGUCUCCCGGAACACCUCCUAUAGCCUGGACAUAGCAAUCACAGCCUUGCAGCAGCAGCAGCAACUGCUGCAGCAAAUCCAGGCCACAGCAAGCUCCACGGGAAUCCAGGCCUGGGAGGCAUGGCAUCGCGCAAGGGGGCCCUGGGGUGUGGCUACCAUGGCCCCUGUGCAAGCAACUGUGCAUAUGAUCCAGCGUUUCCUUUUGGAUGAAGGUGCAGAUGCUAUGAGUGUGGAGCUGGUAGCAUGGCGUGGGCUGGCAGUGCCCCUCCCCCAGGGUGGGGCAGCCAGCAUUGCCCUCCUGCUGGAUCAGAUCCAGAGUGCCCUCCCUGCACCAGACACUGGAGGCCAGGAGCUGCCCAAAGCUGAAGGUGUCCUCCAUCACGCACAGCACACCAGGGACGGUACAGUCAGGGCCCAGGACCAAGCUCUGGAUGUUCAAGGGGUGCUGGCUGAGGCAGGAACUCACAUAAAGGCUGCAGAGCAAGGGCUGCAGGUGGCAAAGCAGACACUUGGAGACCUGGAGACCAGUGUACAGGAGGUGAUACCUCUCAGCUCCCUGCACUUCUUGUUCAGUGGCUGCUGUGGUCCCACUGUACCCCUGAGGUCCUUGACCCACUAUGAUACCAUGAUGCUACUAAAUACUCUGACCAUGUGAACACUCUACUUAGUUGCUGUCCUGCUGU